AUGCCGCAAUCCCAUCCCUCCCUCAGCCCCUCCCACAUCUCUUUCAUAACCAGUCAACCUCUCUUCUUCGUCGCCACCGCUCCCUGGGCCGGAUCCCACAUCAACAUCUCAACCAAAGGCCACCUCUCCCGCACCUUCGCCGUGCUCGGCCCCAACACAGUCGCCUACCUCGACGCCACGGGCCCAUCCUGUGAAACAAUAUCGCACAUCUACGAAAACGGGCGUGUAACCCUCCUCUUCUCGUCUUUCUCUGGCGACAAACCGCGUAACAUACGCCUCUUCUGCAAGGGCCGGGUAGUGGAGAAAUGGGAUCCAUACUAUGGCCAACUUCGCGCAAAGAUGGCGACCGAGAAUGGAGAUGAGGUUGAUAUUACAGGUGCGAGGGCGAUUGUGGUGCUGAAAGUGUUGAGUGUGCAGACGAGUUGUGGGGUUAAGAUGCCAGAGGCUGGGGAGGAGGGGGAUGCGGUCAUGUAUGCGGAUCAUGGGGAGGAGGAAGGGGUUGGCGGCGAUGUUACCAUGGAGAGCUGGGCGAGGAAGAUGCUGGAGAAGCAGGAGCUGGGGGAUUAUCAGAAGAGGUAUAACCAUAGGUCGUUGGAUGGGCUGCCGGGUAUGAUGAGUGCGAGGAGGUCGCAUGAUGAGAAUAUUGCGGUCGAGGAUACCAAGGCGUGGUUUAGGAAGGUUAGUAGGCAGCAAGAUGCUGUGGCGCUUGGGGUUGGGUUGGGUAUGCUGCUCAUGUUGCUUUUGAGUUUCGUGGGUAUACUCAGUAUCAAGCCAGUAUUCUUGGAGCAUAUACUCAACUUCCAGCGGAGGCAGAUGGGCGAGCCGGAGGACCAUUCCUGGAAAAGCGAGCUUUAG